AGUCUACAGAGCAAGGGGAUUCCCCGAGGGAAGUUCCCAACUCAACUGGGCUAUGUAAAACAUACAUUGCCAUAUCCUCUCUGGCGCUUCGUAACUUUGAAUGUGAAGAUUAAUAGGCGACGAAGCUGCGGUGGUGUCAAACCAUAAAUUGGACUUUUAACAGUUACUCGAAUGAAGGGCUCAUGUCUGCUGUGUCAGGGAUGAUUGUGGAGCACACGGCAUGGAAAGGAACAUCGGAGACCAGCUCAAUAAAGCUUUUGAAGCUUAUCGCCAGGUCUCCAUUGAAAAGGACAAUGCUAAAAAGGAGCUGCAACAAAUGAGUGAAUAUUAUGAGCGAUACACUCAACAACUUCAAAAGCAGAUAGAGGACCAGCAGCAGUUGAUUUCAAAACUUGAAGCUAAGUUAUCAGCAACAAGGCAACCAUCAGGCGAGAUGAAAUGUGAGCCUUGUAACCAUCUACUUGAUGGGGCCAGCGCUUAUAAGAAAAUACAGUACCCGGAGAAUACGGGCACUGUUGCUUCUAAUAUGCCAGUCAACAGCAGCGUUGACUAUCAGGAUAUGCUGAAUGCAUUUGAAGCAAUUCAAGGGAAAUUCCGGCAGAUUCGCUCUCUUACCAGGAGACAAAAAGAUCACCUAAAAAGGUUCCACGGAGGAACCGAUGCAUCAAACGAUCAGCGGUUCUCGAUGCCCAUCCAGUGCACAGACCGUACAGCAGAGUCAGAGAGACCCUUUAACUCAGCAUUAAGGUCAGCCGUGGAUAUUCCACUCCCGCCUUUGUCUCUGGCGUCUCGUGGCACCAGCCCCGAGAACCGGGACUUAGAAGACUCUCUCACCAAACUCAGUGUCAAAUUCCCGCCCUCUGCGGACAGUGAAUAUGACUUUCUGAACAGUGCUCCUGAGAGACACAUUGGUCUGACCAUGCCCACAAAGCGGCCUCUCAGUAGUGUCCCCUCCACAUUGACAGAAGAGGAGCAAGUGGAACUGCCCACGCCUUUUGUCUACCCUCCAUCCCCCACCCACUCAACAUCACCUUUGCUCUCCCAGGAGAGCGUGCGGGGACCCCAGCAGCCUCUCUGGAGCCCUGAGCUGUGUGAUGCAGUAGACGUGGGGACGGAGCUGGCGACACCUCAGAGCAGCAGUCCUGAUAAAUGUGCUUUCUGCCACGCUGUGGUUCCUCAGGACCGAAUGAACGGCCACCUCUACUCGCAUUUCUCGCCUGAGAACGAAGCCGACAAUUGACAGUGAAGGCAGAGGCUGAUGGGCCCAGGGCCACAACUACUCCGAUACUUACUGUAUUCAUGGUCCAGUCCUUCCUGCCAUGAAGAACAUGCGCUGUACUGGAUUUGAAAUGACACUGCAAUAAGACUUGAAUCCAUUUAUUUAAUAUUGAAGAAUUGAAUGGUACACUUUCAUGCCCAUUAUAUUUUUCUAAUAUCACACUGAGAUUUAACUCUAGUACAAAUGACGAUGAUGCAUAACAUAUGAGACAUAUGUAUAUAUAUGUGUGUAUAUAUAUGUAUAUACUGUAUAUAUGUGUGUGUGUAUGUAUGUAUA